AUGUCUUGGAGGAAACCGAAAGUAAUUCAUUAAGAAAGUGGAUGUGGGUAUGAAAUAAGAGGAUUCACUGAACCAACAUUCAAAAGAGUUCCUCAUUGUCACAAUGAUGAUGACAUUGAUGUAGACAUUCCAAAUGGGGACCUUGAAUUUGGUAGGAAAAUGUAUGGAUAAGCAUGUGCUGGUUGUCAUGAUUUAGACAGCGAUCUUGAUUAAGGACCAGCUUUGAGAAAUGCCUUUUUAAGAAGACUAGGAUCAAAUAAGAAAUUUUCUAAUUAUGGAUGGGAUUUAAGAGCAAGAAGAUUGUAUUGGACUAGGAAGCUAUUGUGGGAUUUCUUGUAAAAUCCUGAGAAAAUGUUUUUAGAUACUAACAUGCAAUUCGAUGGAAUUCAAGACCCUAGAACUUUAGGUAGCAUAAUUGACUACAUGCAAUAUUUAACAGUGUAUACUCAUGAUCACCGAGGAUCAAAAAGACCCAUCUUUUGAACCACAAUCAAUAUAUAUAUAUAUGCAUAACAUUAAAAUUUUAAUAUAUCUUUUA